GAAUAUACCUCCUAUGCUAGGCUUUUGCAAACAAAGAUGGCGGGCACACCUAUUUGCAAUUGUCUGUGUGGUGUUGUGUGGAUGUACCGUCGCUGGGAUCACAAUACAACUUUUAGAAUGCUGCAUAAACUCUCCUGGUACCGAAGAAAAGUGGUUCAUGGACUGUAUUUAUGGCUGUGCAACUGUGUUUAGCAACAUGCCCAUUGUAAUCAUCUCACUCGUGACAUUUGAGUACAUGCCACCUGAAGUAUGUCAAAGCCCUACAACAGAUCGUAUUAUAAAAGCCGUUGACUUGAAUGCUGUUCUUCACCUGCCACCAUUACUGUAUCGUCUAUCAAGGUGCUGCAACCACGAGUGUUCAUUUUAUUUCACCAUCUUACACCUUUUAGGAUUAAUUUUUGUCGGUGUAACCAUUCUACACUCCACAGGAUGCAUUUUUAUGUGACUGCUUACAGGAAUGUAAAACAUUAUAUACUCCCUUCGAUUAUGGUGUAUAUGCAGGUUUUAACAU